GACCUGAACUCAGCUGUUCUCUAUCACUUUAGCCUACUUUCUGUCUGGCUAAUAAUCUACUAACUUGCUCCACCUUCUUCUCCUGUUUUCUCUGUAUGUAAAUGUAAAUGUUGCUGUCUAAUGGUCGAACCUGUUUUUCCACUCUGUCGUCACUGAGAGGAUCCUGUUACCGGAAGUUACCGAGCUUGUUGUCACCUGGGCGGACUCCUCAGAAGAGAAGCAGAAGUGAAAGGAGAGAAGGGCCAAACUACUAGUCGACAUGUCUGUCUGCGGGCUGGGUUCCGUGGCUUUGUUCCUCCUCGCAGCGACAGGUGUGGGUGGCUUUUCAGUCACUUCCAGCAACCCAGAUGUGCGAGUGAAAGAGAACGUAGGAACCGACCUUUCAUGCUCCUAUUCAGGCGACUUCGGUGCAAAUGCCAGAGUUGAGUGGAAGUUUAAGGACCUGAAAGGCUCACAGGUGUAUGUGAUCUUUGAUGGGAAGCCAACAGGACCAUAUGCCAACAGAGUGACAAUGUACAACAGCAACCUGAGAUUCACAACCACGACCCGCCGCGAUAAUGGAGUCUACGACUGUGAGGUUUCAGGAAGUGGACAGUUUGGGGAAGUUCGAGUGAAGCUGACUGUCCUUGUGCCCCCCACUCCACCCUUGUGUAGGAUCCCAACUUCAGUGACAACGGGCAAGAAAACCACGUUGACCUGCCAUGACGCCAAUGGCUCCCCUCCCCCCAAAUACAGGUGGUACAAAAACAACGUCCUUCUGCCGCCUGAACCAAGCAAGAUCGCCGGCUUCAAAAACGCCACCUACAGGAUCAAUGUUGAUAACGGCAACCUGGAGUAUACCAAAACUGCCAAGACUGACUCAGGUCAGUACUAUUGUGAGGCCGUCAACGAAGCUGGUCCUCCUCAGCGCUGCAAAGGAGGAAAAAUGGAAAUCCGUGACCUCAACACUGGUGGAAUUGUUGCUGGAGUAAUCGUGGCUCUGCUGUUGGUGGCUCUGCUGAUAUUUGGUCUUUGGUAUGCCAACAAGAAAGGAUACCUGCCCAAGAAGAGCGAAAGCAAACCAAAGCCCAGUGUGGUGUACCAGCCCACAUCACUGAACGGUGGUGAUGAGGACGAUGGGGAAUUCAAACAGAAGUCAUCAUUUGUGGUAUAGUCUGAAAUCCACGACAGGAGAACACCUCAAUUUUAGAUGUCUGUCAGCGCGGGAUUUUUCUCCAUUUUUUUUUAUCAAUGUGUCUUUUUUAUUUGCUCUUCAUAAGCAGUUCUUUAUAGACCAGUGUGAGUGUUUGUGUUGACCUAAGCGGUUUGCUGUAAUGUCCAGAUGCAGUGACUUGUACUCUAGGGUUAUAUGUAAUAAUUUGAUACAAACAGGUGUAAGACCUCUGUCUUAUUUUCAUUGAAGAUCUCAAGACUUUUUCCAAAUGAAUGUUGGUAGUGUGAAUUUGUGUGCAUCCUGUUUUCUGUUCCUUUAAAAAACACAUUUUUAAAAAUAUCUUUUAAUGAUGCAUCUCGUUGUUAGCAUGUCUCAAAUCAAGCAUUGUACAAAUCCAUGUACACAAUAAGUAAGAAAAGGAGAAAACUUGUACUUUCUCAUGAAAGAAAAACAUGAAGUACAACAGACAUGAUCAUAAUUGUAGCAUCUUCAGAAUGUCACAGCUGAGUUGUGUGUUGUUUCAUUUGUUUUUUAACAAACAAGACUAUUUCUAUGUACAGUACGCUUUCUUACAAAUUUGUCAAUCUUCUCCUUGUAAAUAAAAAUGGUUUUACAUCUGAAAUCAG